CCAACACGGAAGUGUGUGUAAUGUGGUGUUCGGUCACAGGCGGUCAGGUGACGGCGUGGAUCACAACUUUUAUCUGGAUGACAGCAGCGGCAGAGCGCUGGUCUUAGCGGCGAGCAGAAGGAGACAUGCGGACUGAUCAGUGUUGUCAUGGCCAUCAUCGGUUCGUUACUGAAGCUGCUGCAGAGACAAACAUACACAUGUCUGUCUCACCGCUACGGGCUGUACCUGUGCUUCGGGGGGCUUGUGAUCAUGAUCGUGUCCGCCUUCCAGUUCGGAGAGGUGGUUCUGGAGUGGAGUCGGGAUCAGUACCAUGUCCUGUUUGACUCCUACAGAGACAAUGUGGCUGGUAAAUCCUUCCAGACAAGGCUGUGUUUGCCCAUGCCUAUAGACGUGGUGUACACCUGGGUGAACGGUACUGAUGCUGAUCUACUGAAGGAGCUUCACACAGUGAAACAGCAGCUGGAAGAGGAGCAGAGAAAAAUAAGAGAGAAGCUGGGGCGGAAUGGCAGCGACGCUACUGAGGCGCCCAAAGGAAGGCCUGAGUGCCUGCUUUCACACUGCAUUGUGGGUCCGGCUAUAGUGUUGGACCCGGCGUUGCCGUCUAACGUCACCCUGAAGGAGCUGUUGUCUAAAUCGGGCCCUCUGUCCUCCACCAAGCAGCUCCUGAACAUCGCCAAACCUCUGCAGCCUUCCAGCAGCGUGUCUGUGCUUCUCUUCCACUCCCAGAGUGACGUGGAAAAAGCUCAGUCGGACGUGCUGAAGGAUUUCCCGGAACACUCCGUCUCCAGAGUUUAUCUGACGACAGAUCAAGAGGCUCCGGGUCUGGUGAGGAUUCAGACGCUGGCCUUCCUUAGUGGCUUCCCGUCCUCCUUCAAAGACCUCGAGCAGCUGAGGGUCAAACUGCCGUCUGCGUUGAUGAACAAAAUCAAGCAGAUUCAGCUCUACUCUGAGGCCAGCAUUGCUCUUCUGCACCUCAACACAGCUCAGGACUUCACAGACCUCCAGCAACAGGCCAAGAAGAACCUGACUGUAGACAGCAAGCAGCUCACCAUCAGUUCAGCAUUCCUGUUCUGGGACAUCAGUGCUGUCUCACAGUCGAAGCAGGAUGAGGACGUGUCCGCCAGUCGCUUUGAGGACAAUGAGGAGCUGCGGUAUUCGCUGCGCUCGGUAGAGAGACACGCCCCUUGGGUUCGACAUAUCUUUAUUGUGACCAAUGGACAGAUCCCUUCCUGGCUGAACCUAGACAACCCCCGGGUUACCGUGGUUACUCACGAGGAGCUUUUCCAGAACCAGUCCCAUUUGCCAACAUUUAGCUCUCCAGCCAUUGAAACACACAUCCAUCGUAUUCCAGGCCUCUCGCAGAAAUUUAUCUACCUCAAUGAUGAUGUGCUUUUUGGCAAGGAUGUGUGGCCAGAUGACUUCUACAGUCAUUCAAAGGGCCAGAAGGUGUACCUGACCUGGCCUGUACCUAACUGUGCAGAGGGCUGCCCAGGCUCCUGGAUCAAAGAUGGCUAUUGCGACAAGGCCUGCAAUAACUCCGCCUGUGACUGGGAUGGUGGAGAUUGUCUACAUGGAGCAGGCAGCAGUCGGUUGGGAGGCCCUGGCGGAGCGGUGGGAGGAGCUGGUCAGCCGUGGCAGUUUGCUGGUGGUUUAGGAGGCCUGGGGGGAGUGUCUUUUUGUAACCAAGGCUGUGCCAACUCCUGGUUGGCCGAUAAGUUCUGUGACCAGGCGUGCAACGUGCUGCCAUGUGGCUUUGACGUGGGAGACUGUGGAACGAAUCACUUCAGUCAGCUGCAUCGUGUUGAUCUGCAGAGAAACCAGACUCUGUACACGUUGCCUCAAGGCGAGCUGCGUCCAUAUUUCAGCUUUUCGUCAGUGGCCAAUCGCGUUUCCGAGGCACAGGUCAGCGACAACCCUGUUGUGCGCCACACAUCCGUCGCCAACAAGUGGAAAACCAUUCACCUGCUUCUGCUAGAGGGCUACAACUCCACCCAAAUCCACUACAACCUCACUUUUCACGUUGAUCGAGCUCAGUUCACCAUGAGCUUCACUGUAGCAGUGGACACACGCAAGCUUCCUAAACUGAAUACAUCCGAUCCGGUGCAGGAGACAAACGUAAUAAAACCCAAGCCCACCAGGUCAAACCUCGAACCUGCGUUCGUCUUCUCAGACAUCCCAGCUGACAAACAGGGGCCCAGAGUGCAAAAAAGGCCCCCUGUAGACUUGGAGGUGGUUAUAGAGGUGCCUGCAGUAAACAUGUCUCUCUUACCUGCUGAACUGAAGUACGAGUUGAAGAAGAUGGAUGAGAAGCUUCUACUAGGUGACAUCACUGAGAAAGGCUACAAUCUGACCAAAGCCAAAUUACUGAAGUCUUUCCAGGGAAUUGGGGCUUCUGAGAUUCAGGGAAAUAAUGCAGCAAUUAAAGAACAGGAAGCAGCAGUGAAAUCAGAUCCAAAUGACAAGAAUAAAAAUAAACAAGAAACCAGAGUUUCUCUCAUCCCAGUUAAGAUCGACAGCAAGCCUCUCAAAGAGCAGCCCGGAGCCACGGGCACGGAGAAAACUCCAACCUCCAGACUGCUCGGAUCACUCGUAGGGAACAAGGCCAAGCAGCAGAUUCACCACGGAGAUGACGAAGAUGAUGUUCGACCACACGUGGGCCGUAAGCUCCAACACUUCUCAGCGGUGGAGUGGAGCUUCCUGCCAUGGGAAAAGAGCAGAUAUUUUGAGGACCUUCUCAAGGAAGGCGAGCGGCUGGAGCGAGAACUGCGGUAUAAAACCACCGGCUCGGCAACCGGGCGGAGAUUACAGGACACGUUUGCCGACUCUCUUCGCCACGUUAACAAGCUUCUGAACGGCAGAUUCGGCUUCACGUCUCGUAAAGUCCCUGCACACAUGCCGCACAUGAUCGACCGCCUCAUAAUGCAGGAGCUGCAGGACACCUUCCCCGAAGAGUUCGACAAGACUUCCGAGCAUCGUGUGCGACACUCGGAGGACAUGCAGUUCGCCUUCUCGUAUUUCUAUUUUCUGAUGAGUGCCGUGCAGCAGCUCAACGUGUCGCAGGUCUUCGAUGAGAUUGACACGGAUCACUCGGGGGUGCUGUCUGACCGAGAAAUCCGCACACUCGCCACUCGCAUCCACGAGCUCCCGCUCAGCCUGCAGGACCUCACCGGUUUGGAGCAGAUGUUGAUAAACUGCUCAAAGACUCUGCCUAAUAACGAGAGCCAGCUCCACACUGUUAGCCCCACCCAGGAGGCCUACUACGACCCCAGCAUGCCUCCAGUUACUAAAGGUCUGGUGAUUCACUGCAAGCUUGUUGCAGAGAAGAUUCAGAAAGCCUUUAAGGACCAGAACAAGUAUAAGUUCGAGAUCAUGGGUGAGGAGGAGAUUGCUUUUAAAAUGGUACGAACCAACGUGUCACACGUGGUAGGCCAACUGGAUGACAUCAGGAAAAACCCAAGGAAGUUCAUCUGCUUGAACGACAACAUAGACCACGGCCAUAAAGAUGCCAGCACAGUGAAAGCCGUACUGAGGGAUUUCUACGAGUCCAUGUUCCCGCUGCCUUCGCAGUUUGAGCUGCCACGCGAGUACCGUAACCGCUUCCUCCACAUGGCAGAGCUGCAGGAGUGGCGAAUCUAUCGCAACAAGUUGAAGUUCUGGACUCACUGCGUACUGGUCACACUGGUCGUUUUCACCGUCCUGUCCUUCUUUGCAGAGCAGCUGAUCGUGUUGAAGCGGUGGCUCUUCCCCAGACGCCGAGUUAGCAGGGAGACCGAGCGUGUGUGAUGCCGAGAGGGUGAACAUGUUCUCGUUUCCUUUCUGUGAGAGAGUGAAGUCCUGUAGGGUUGUGGACAAAAAACCGGGCUGGAUUCCUCUGUUCUUUUCCCACUGGAGGAAGAAAUCUCUUGCCAAAGUUUAUUAGGAGGAACUGAAUAACUGACUGAGUCAGAAGAUUCCAGGUGAAGGUGGGAAACCAGAUGCGACGAGUGUGUAUGUGUGUGUGUAAGACCUCAAACACUCCGUUUUGUGCGAAUACUGUCUCGAACUCAGUGUAAGAUUUUUAAUCACAUGCUGCAUUUAUUUUUUUUUAGAUGAUUGUAAUUGUAUUGAACAUCUGACAUUCUUCAACUCAUCAUCAUGCAUAGCAGUGCCUUUUAUCUUCCCUCCUGCUGUAAGUGAGAGAUGUAUUUGAGAGAUCAUCUCUAAUCGUUGUUUUUGCGUCAUCAGUUUUUUCUUUUUUUAAUUGCUCUGAUUUGGGUUCAUCUGAGUAUUUCAGUCUUCUGCAUUCCUCUCGGACCCUCCGUGUGUUCAGAGUGCUGGGAUGCGUUUGCACGUCCCACCGAACGCUCAUUUCCGCUCUGAUUUUAACCGUGUGGCGUCUGUGUGAGACGUCGUCUCUGAAGGCGAGAAGCUUCCUACUGUCCAAAAAAACUCAUCACCUGCAGAACGUGUGGGACGUCAUUAAAACGUCAAUAAUUCCGAUCAUUAGCCUCUUAUGUUUUUUUUUUUUUUAAAUAUUAUUUUUCAAAAAGUUAGUGUUAAACGGUUGACAGGUGAAUCGAGCUAUUUGUCCUUGUGUUCAGUUAUAAAAUGGAUUUGAAUACUAAGUGCGACGAAUACACAGAAUCUACAUCCAGCAUCAACAUGUCUUCGACUCAUGGGUGGGGGGUGUUGUGGGGUGGGGGGUUUCAGGUUACGAGGUCACGUUCUUGAAUUUGUAUUAAUUUUGUUUAAUUGUUGCAGGGAAAUUUAAACGUUUUGAUUGGUAUUUAAAGGACAGUGUUAAACUUUUGAAAAAACACAGAACUAAAUAAAGUGUUCACUUGUGUGUGUGUAUAUAAAAGUAUAAAAUGUAUUAAAGCACCUAUUUGUUCGGCAAAUGUAAAUGCAGACUGCAAAAAUCCCAGAUUAAAAUAAAUUCCUUGCAUUCAUUAAUAAAAUGACACUGUAUUUAAAACCUAUGUGCAACAAGUACAGAGGAUCUACAGUACAACCACCACCGCUAUCAUCAUCAUCAUCAUCAUCAUCGCCAACACUUGAAUUGAUGCAUGGACUCUGUAUCUGAAUUAGAAAAUUGAUAUGUUUGGAAAAAUUUCAGGCCUUAAAGUAAAUUUUUUGUUGUUCGUUUUCAAAGUAAAUUUUUGGGGACAAAAUGAAACUUGUGAAAUGAAACAAAUAGCUAUUUUUAAGCUUUAAAUAAAUGUAUGAAGUUGUAAAAAUCAAAA